CUGUAUUAUUAAUGUGUUUUUAUGUCAUAAAUUUAUCAAGAUCGGUCAUGGAAAUCCAGCAAAGAAAGAGAAGGCGGACUGACAAGCCACACAAAACUGUGGCAACUGUUGACCAACCCCUGAACAUACAGGAGCUUCCUCCGCUGGUCCUUCGUGAAAUCUUACUGGAGGUUGUGCUUCAAGAUGGUGAUGUUGCAAUUGGCUCCCUUGCCCUCACCUGCAGGUGCUUCAACAGCAUUGUGAGCAUGGAAAGUUUCCGCCGAGAGGCUCACUUUCGGUGGUUGGACAGUGUCGUGAACUGGAAGGCAUUCAGUGAAAAUGUCAGAAACCUGUACAGGGUUCCAUACAGUCUAUCCAGAUGUCUCCAUUUUGAUACUACAUACAAAGACUGUGGCGAAGGCUACAGAGGAAGAGGGCAAAGAGGUGUGUUGCAGGGGUUCUAUGGCUCUGAUGACUCCCCAGGAUACUGCGGAGACUGUUUCUAUGUGGCUGUGGAGGAAGCAUCUAAUGGCUCCCCACUCUCUCUGAGAGUGUUUAAGCGAUACCCAGAAGGCCUAGGGGAGGCCCUCUACCGCGAACUGUUCGACUUCAACGCUGAGCCGCCUUGGGAUCCUAGUUGA